UCGACUCACCGUUGCCGCCCGGAGAUGAAGUUCCGGAAGUAUAUGACUCGAAACCGAUUUCUGGUCUUAUGGAUGUUCUCAUCUGUCGUUCUUGUUGCAUUCGGCUUCAUGGCGACCAAUCACUACGCUGCGAAUCUUCCUUUCAUUACCUCUAACGAGCCAGCCGACCUCGAACGCCAGUUGAUACGGAGAAUUGAUAGUUUGCAAGGAGAGAGGGUAUCACUAAGAGAUGAGCAGGUGGCUGGACGCCUUCUGUGGCUCGUGGAAAGCAUGCAGGGCUUGAAAGACGUACAAGCUGAGUUGGCAGCAAACGUCACACUGCUGCUUACGAGAUUACGACUUUUGGAGAGAGAGAAAGCGAAGGUGCACGGAGGGCACGUUGACACGUUGCAGCGUGCCAAGUCUGUUGUCGUCCCGAGUCAUAUGACGACUGACGUCAGCCAAAAUGAGAAAGUAAAGGAGAGUGAGAGAGUAAAGGAGAGUGAGAGAGUAAAGGAGAGUGAGAGAGUAAAGGAAGUUGAGAGUCAGAAGAGUAAACAAAACGACGGUGCGGCAAGGUCUUGCUUGGGACCAUUUUCGGAUAGAUUUCCUCACUGCGAGGGCAAGAUGAAGUGGAUGAGAAACUUUUGGAAGUCUGAUCAAUGCUAUGCAGAGAAUGGAGUGAAUGGCUCUGAAUGUUCAUUUCAAAUUUACCUCAGUGAGGUAGAAGAUUUCUGUCCUCACUUGGCAUCUCGUUUGCAACAGAAACCUAAGAAGGUACAUGUGCCAAAGCAGACAAGUCGAGAAAGAACGAUAGUCAACACUGACCUUCAAGCUCUAUUGACAUUGCUGAAGGAUGAGAAAUUGGCGUGGAUUAGGACGAGGAUUACUCACAUGUGGCCGGACUGGCAAAAGUCAGCCAACAUAUUAACAACCAACCCUAAACAUAAUCUACAGAAUAGACCUGUCAAGGAGAUUUAUUUAUAUCUUGGAUUGAUAUCUCAGAAAGCUGGGUUUCAGAUUGCUGAGACUGCCUUCCAUGGUGGUCCAUUAGGAGAGCUGGUUCAAUGGGCAGACCUUAUUGCAUCUUUGUACAUUAUGGGGCACAAAUUGAGAGUGUUAUAUGAAGUGGACCACAUUCAAAGGUAUUUUCGGCGUUCUAAAGUUGCUCCAUGUCCGGAUCACAGUUCGUCUGACCAGUUUGAUAUAAUAUUUAUUGACAUUGUUGGAUUGCGUCAAUUCAAGAAAGCCGUUGGUGCAAACUUCAUUCAAUUUAAGUGUCGAUUUCGGGUUUUAGACUCAUUUGGCACAGAGCCCGAGUUCAAUCUUGCCAGCUAUAAACGACCGGGUGAGCAUGGAGAAUGGGGAACAGUUUGGGGAAACUGGAAUUUCAAUCCUCGUCAGUUUUGGACAAUGUUUCCUCACUCUCCCGAUAACUCUUUUCUUGGUUUCAUUGUGGAUCACAAAAUGACGAGUAUGGAUAAAAGAGUAAAGAAAAGGCAGGCUUUGGUAUAUGGAAAAGAACUCGACAUGUGGAAGGAUAGUCGUGCUUUUCUCGACAUCAUCAAUCAGUAUGCUGAAAUUCAUGCAACAGUUGGAACCACUAAGAGUGCUUCAUUGGAUCCUUCCCUUAUUCCAGACUACGUCAUAAACCACGGUGUGUUAGAUAGAAAUGGUAUUCAGAACCUUCUCUAUGACACUAAGGUGUUUGUUGGUCUCGGGUUUCCAUACGAAGGACCGGCUCCACUGGAAGCGAUAGCAAAUGGCUGCUUUUUCCUAAACCCCAAGUUUGAUCCUCCGCAUAAUCGGGAGAAUACCAAGUUUUUCAAGCAGAAGCCGACACUUCGUGCUUUGACGUCACAACAUCCGUAUGCCGAAGUAUUUAUCGGUAAGCCUCACGUUUAUACAGUCGAUGUGAGUGAUACGAAAGCGGUCAAACGAGCGAUGGAAGAGAUGUUGAACACGAGGGCCGAUCCGUAUCUGCCAUAUGAAUUUACUCACAUGGGCUUCUUGGAAAGGAUUUCAACAUACGUAGGGAACCAAGAUUUUUGUGAUCCCGAACAUCGUUGGCCUCCCGAAUCUGUACUUGACACAUACAUUUCGAGAAAAGGACAAUCAUGCAGAGACGUAUGCCAGGAGAAUGGUCUGGUGUGUGAACCUGAGCUAUUUCAUGCCGUCAAUAACGCAAAUGCCUUUAAGAUGUCCCAAGUGACAUGCACCAGUUUCACUAACCAGAAGUCGAUCACCGUUCCAUCGUUUGACGACACCAACUGGUCUUGUUUCCUUCAGUCCGUACCAAUGCUGUUUAGUUGCGUCGGCUCUUCACCUACACAACUACGCUUGUGCCCCUGUAGGAAGUAUCGCAAAGGACAGGUAGCCCUAUGUACAGAAUGCUGGUAGUACUCUUUGUAAUAGAACGAAAAUACCAUAGCUUUUGUUACAAGGGUUCAGUUGCGUUUUCAAAUAAAGGGAAUAACUGGCGUCAUAACAUGAAAUAUAUAUUGCAAUAAAUGGAUGUCGUUGAAGUUGUCUCAUUAAGUUACAUCGAGAGUUCUG